UGUAAUGCGUUACUAAGUAACGCGUUACUGUAAUUAAAUUACUUUUCCACUGAAAAAGUAGAGUAACUAAUUACUGUUCAUUUUUAGGUAUUUUAAUUACAGUUACUUAAAAUGUGCUUGCGUUACAUUGUAAAAUAACUAAACUCGCUGAAAAUCAUUAUUUAAUUUCAAUAAUUUAUCUUCUAAACGUAGAAGUAAACUCUGCCGCUUUAACAUCGCUGUAGUGCAGGUGCACGUCAUUUCGCGCCAGUUUGCGGCAUAGUCAUAUUCUAAAGCAGAAGAUGUCGGACUCGGCUGAAGCGAGUGGCUGUUUUAUGAAAUGGAAACAUUCCAGUCACUUCACUUUUCUAAAACAAGCAGACAAUAACAUUACAGUAAUAUGUAAGCUAUGUCCUGGGGAGAAAAAACUAUCGGCCGCUGUCAAUAGCACAAGUAAUCUGCUGAAGCACCUGACACGGCAGCACAGACAAACCCUUCUGAGUGAGCCUUGUUCAUCAUCCAUGGAUAACACAGCGGCAACUCCUGCUAAGCAGACGAAACUUGAUUUUACUUCAGCAACACAGAAAGUGUCUGAGAGCUUAAGAAAAUGAUUGCAGGCUACAUUGUGGAAGAGAUGCUACCGCUGCGUACUGUAGAGUCUCCGUCUUUUAGGUGCAUAUUAAACAAAAUACCUGUGUGUGGCAAAAAAGCAGCACUGCCCGAUCGAAAAACGUUUUCUACUUACUUAGAUAAGUGUUAUGCUGACAUGGAAAUGGAGCUUAAAGAGACAUUCGAGAGUUUGGAAUAUAUUUCCACGACUGCUGACAUUUGGACGAGCCAUAACAAAAGUUUUCUCGGAAUGACGGCACACUGGAUUGAUCCUUCUACUUUUGUACGAGGACAUGCAGCGCUAGCAUGUAAAAGAGUUCGAGGGAGACACACAUAUGAUGUCAUCGGCAAUGAAAUCGAGCAAGUGCAUUCGGCUUAUGGACUGCACUCUAAAGUGACAGCCACCGUGACAGACAACGGGUCCAAUUUUAUCAAAGCUUUUAGAAUGUUCCAAAAAUCAGACUCUGAUGAGGAAUCGGAAGAAGAUGAAGAGGUGACAUUUACUGAUGUUGAGCAGACCCUCUCCACAGAAUCUGAAGGACAGUUUUCUCUCCCUCCACACUUAAGGUGUGCAUCACACACACUGAACUUAAUUUUUCAUGAUGUUGAGAAAUGGCUUCAAGCAAAUGAGGCAAAAUUCAUCUACAGAAGUGCAACUUCAAAGUGUUCUGCAAUGUGGACAAAAGCAAACCGUUCUUCUGUUGCUUCAGAGUUGGUAGAUAAUUUUUUCAAGAAAAAACUCAUAGUACCUGUUUCAACACGAUGGAAUUCAUUUCACGACGCCCUGUCCAGGAUCACUGACAUUCCCCUUGCUGAAUUAAAUACUGUCUGCACUCAGUUUGGAAUCAAAUGCUUCACUGAUCGGGAGUAUCUGUUCCUAAAGGAGUAUUGUAUCAUGUUGAAGCCACUCACUGUUGCACUAGACAUAUUGCAAGGAGAAGAGAACUGCUAUUUUGGAAUCCUCCUUCCAACUCUGGAGAUUCUAAUGUCCAGGACGCUGGCACUGCAGGACGAGCUUAAGCUGACAGCAUCCCUCCCUGAUAUCAUUGUUAAGGCGAUCAAGGUGCGCUUUUCCUCAAUGAUGGACAAUAAAGAAGCUCUCCUGGCUGCAGUCACUUUGCCUAAGUUUAAGUUACACUGGAUCAGAGAAGAAGAGAAAAAAGACAUGGUUAGGGCAAUGCUUACUACAGAGUGCCGUGGGUUGUCUCUUGAAGACCAACAACCUGCUCAAGAUCACAAGAACCCUGCUGACUCCACUGAUGACUUUUUUCAUUUGAGGAGGACGACUGUACCUACUCUGCCGAAACAGAGGUGAUGGAAUAUUUGAAAUCUGCUGGGUCUGAGCUGGGUGUUCUUAGCCAGUUUCCCAGGAUUAAGGCCAUUUCACUGAGGCACAACACAGCCACACCAUCAAGCGCACCAGUCGAAAGGCCUUUUAGCCUCGGCAAUCUUGUGCUUACACCCAGAAGCAACAGACUGUCAAGUGAACGCUUUGAGAGACUUACAUUAAUGAGAUACGACAACUUUUUCAAAAACAACACAGCUAAGUAGUACAAAAAAGGUUUUGGAAAACAUGAGUGCAUACAGCAUGCAGGAAAUAUGGUGCUCACUGGUUUGAGGAAGUUUCAGAGGAAUUCUGUUUGUUAACCAAAGGUCAGAGUUAACUUCACUUUGUUGAAACACAUGACAUGAUUACAUACAUUACGUAUGAAUAUGUUACUCAUUGCUUUGAAAAUUUAAAAAUUUUAAUGUUUACAGCGUGAUACAUGUCAUGUUUAACAUUUCUUAAGUUAAGCUUUUUUGUUAUUCAGAUAUGUUGCAGAAAAAUAUUUUUGUUAUUCAGAAAUUGUGUUUCUUAGCUAAAGAAAGUUACAUUUCUUACUAAAAAAUUUAAUUAUUAAAGAAUGGUUUUUUUAUAGAAUGUAAUAAAGAUGAUUCAGGAAGCAAAAAGGCUAAACUAUUUCAUGUUGGCUCGUAUGUUUUUUUUAAAAUUAUUUAUCAUUUAAAGAGUUUAAUUUCUAUUGUUUGUCCACUCAAGGUUUAUAGGGAUUUUAAUAAGUAUUUAGUUAAAUUACUUAUUGAGUAAUUAAGUUACUUUUCAGACACAGUAAUUAGAUUAGUAUUUUAAAUACAAUAUUGAUUAAGUAAUUAGUAAUUAAUUACUUUUUUAAAGUAACUUACCCAACACUGGUGUGAGUGCA